AGCGUUGUCAGCAGUGUGUUCGAAGGACAGAGAGCUGCGGCCAGAAGAAAUGGAUGAGUUGCGGGAUGCUUUCAAAGAGUUUGACAAAGACAAGGACGGUUUCAUCAGCUGUAAAGACCUUGGUAACUGUAUGAGAACCAUGGGAUACAUGCCUACAGAAAUGGAGCUGAUUGAGCUGAGUCAACAGAUAAACAUGAACUUGGGAGGUCAUGUUGAUUUUGAGGAUUUUGUAGAGCUGAUGGGCCCCAAACUCCUCGCCGAAACUGCAGACAUGAUUGGAAUAAAGGAGUUAAAAGAUGCGUUUAGAGAGUUCGACACGAAUGGAGAUGGCGCUAUAAGCACAUCUGAGCUCCGAGAUGCGAUGAGGAAGUUGUUGGGCCAACAGGUGGGUUUAAAGGAAGUGGAGGAUAUCCUGAGGGAUGUUGACCUGAAUGGUGACGGGCUUGUUGACUUUGAAG